CUUUUUAAGAACUUCUUUGAAAUGAUAUUAGAUGUAAGACUCCUCGCUAGAUAGUUUAUUAUCUUUAUCUACUUUAUAUUUCGAACUUUGUUUCCCCUGCGGUCGGUUUCUUGUUCCCAUAGCAACACAGUCAACCACAGUCGGCAGUAGCACAUAGCAGAUGUUGCUAGCUGCUUCACUUAUUAAAACAUAUCGAUCUUACUUCAAAACAGUUAUUGACAACUGAACAUUGGACGUCUCAGCAUGAAGGAGCUUCAUCUCCACCUGGAAACUGUUGCAGAGCUCUGUGCGUUUCUGUCUCUUCAGACUCUGUCCAGGUGAGUUCUCCUCCUGCAGGUCCAACAUGGCGUCUGAUGCGUCUCCUCCAGGUGACGAUGAGGUGAAGGUGCGGAGGAGGAGGAGGAGGGAGGUGAGGAGGAAGGAGGUUCAGGCGGUGGACAUCGAGGAGUUAACGUCUGCUGGUCACAGAGCUCUGCAGGAGGGACGGACGGAGGACGCUCUGAGCUGCUUUACCAACACGCUGAAGGCUGCAGGACAGCUGCAGGACUCGCGGGUCCUCCGGGCCUGUUCCUUUAACCUCGGUGCAGCCUACGUGGAGGCGGGCCAGCCUAAGAAAGGUCUGGACUUCCUGCGUCGGGCUCAGUCCGGUCCGAAGGCCACCCGGCUCCCGGACCUCCAGUUUAACCUGGCCCUGGCCCACAAUGCACUGGGGCAGAGCCAAGAGGCCGCCGCCUACUUCCUGCAGGCUGCUCAGCUGUACAGAUCGCAGGGAGACGGCGGCAGCGAGGGGGACGCCUGCAUGGAGAUGAGCCGCUGCCACAGCAGAGUGCAGGACUGGUCUCUGGCGGUUCAGGGUUUCCUGCGGGCUGCAGAGAGUUACAGAGUGGCGGCCAUGUUGGAUUCUGCCGCCGCUGCCCUCAAAGAGGCAGGAAGUCACAUGAUCCAAUCAGAUCAGUUCAGCCAUGAUGACAUCAUCGGCGUGCUGACAGAGUGUCUGCGUUUGACAGAAAGCAUCACUGACCCGAGGAUUCUGGGUGAGCUCUACCUGUCGGUGGGUGUGUCUUACUGCCGGCUCAGGUGUUUCCAGGAGGCCGUGCAGUGUUUCCAGCAGGCUCUGGGCCCCACGGCUCAGCGCCCCCACCUGCUGGCCAAAGUGCUGCAUAACCUGGGAGCCGCUCUGAACUCCGCGGGCCAGUUCGCACCUGCUGUGGGCUACCACAGGCUGGCUGCUGGACUCUACGGUCAGACUCCGUCACUCACCUGUCGCUGCAGUCGGUCCGGGCCUGCACUGAGCAGGCAUCUCAGAGCAGGAAGCUCUCUGGGUUGCCGUGGCGACCAGGCUCGGUGUUUCAGUAACCUGGCGUUUGCCUGCAGUCAGCUGGGUGAUGAAGAGGAGGCAGCUGAGAGCUUCAUCCACGCUCUGCAAGGAUUCAGAGACAUUGAGGACCACCUGGCUCAGGUUCGGGUGUGUGAGUCGUUGGCAGAGUGUUACCUGAAGCAGAGGAAGCAGCAGAAAGCUGUUAAGCUCUACAAACAGGCUCUGACCUCCCUGUCUCACUGCAAGGACAGUUCUGGUUGUGUUCGGGAUCGUCUGGUGGAGCGUCUGACUGCAGCUCUGCAGCAGAGUCUGACAGUCAGUCUGCAGAGACCACGCCCACGCAGACCACACCCACACAGCCCACCUGUCGGACAGCGGGUCAGGAAGAGUGACAUCACACAGAGGCCAGAUAGAGUGCCCAACCAGCAACCAGACGAUCAGAGGGGGGAGGGGCAAGGAUCAGAGCAGAAGGCCACAGGUAGACAGGAAGCAGAAGAGCAUUGUGGGUCAGCAGGGCGCGGAGCCACUAAGGAACCUGAAUACAUGAGCACGGUACCUGGACUGCACAGUUCAUACCAGUCAGACCAGUCAGACCAGCUGCAGCACAGUGAGCUGUGGUCGGACAGAGAGAACCCUCACACUGACAGUGAAACCUCAUUGGUCCAGGAGAAAGAUGCCCCGCCCAUCGACCCAGUUGACGUCAGAGAGGCUACGUCCCCUGCCGCCAGGUGGAGGUCUCGGUUCUGUGCACUGAUGUAGACUCACCUGCCUGAUGGUGUUAUUGAUGGUGUAUGGAUUAUAGAUCAUCAGUCUCUGUGAUCACUGACUGGACUGUAUAUAAAGUCUACAGGAAGGAAACAGUGCUGCUUUAAUUUGCAUCGUCACAGAGUCCGAUCCACAUCACGGAGUCCUGCACAGAGUCCGAUCUACAUCACAGAGUCCUGUGUCUGAACCACGACGGAUCAAAUCAAACCAGAUCAACUUCGUUAGUUUCUUUCAGGAGCAACGAGACGUUCAGAGACUCACAAAUCAAUGUUUGAAAAAAAACUAUCUAUAUUUUAUUUAUAGCUCAACGCCACUAACUGUGGUACAGGGGAUCAGGGGUUCGAUUCACGAUCAUGGUGGGGGCAGUAUCCAGGUGCACCCCUAGGCAAGGUUUUUAAUGCUACUUGCCUACCUCGGCAUGAGUGAAAACGCAAAAAUAAGAGUAAUACCGGCGGUAGACAUCGCCAGGGUCAACAAGGUCCGCAUCAGGUGCUGGGGAACCAGGGCAACCGAAUGAGAAAUGGGCUACUGGAACAAGACAUUCAUGGACUAGAGCAGAAAAUAUGGAAAUGUUGCAAUGCUACUAUACAAGCAACGCCGGUGAAAGGGGUUAUAUGCAGAGGCUACAGCAAGGGGGAGCCAGGACGACAGGUCAGGGGGGAGAUAUCAUCAUCAUCCCCUCACUCCGAGAUUGGGUACCAAGCCCCAAUAACAAGCCUUUACGGCACAGACUCACUUAACACAAGGGCGACUGACCUGAGAUUGAAGAUCAUCACCACGCUGUACAUCUGGCACCCCCAAUUACAACAAUCACGAUUACCAACGCUAAGUGACAAAGUACCCUCUGAAAGUCUGCCAGAAGACGUGAAUGCUGCACUACAUACUAUCUCUACUAAGACCAUAACUGAGACCAAUGAGCUGAUAUACGCCACAGCAAAGGACCGCACAGAAGCACUAAUCAUGGCAGCUCAGUACAAGAUCCACAGAGGCUGGGGUCGACCACGCCAGCCUGGACCCCAGGUGCAGACUGUGCAGAGACGCACCUGAGACGGUUCAGCACAUAACAGCAGGGUGUAAGAAGCAGCAGGAGCAGCGUACAUGGAGCGCCAUAAGCCAGUGGCUGGCAGAGUGUACGGGAACAGCUGCCAUGAGUUUGGGCUGGAGGUCCCAGGGUCAAACUGGAAGACACCUCCUAAGGAGCUGAGAUCCUGUUGGACUUCCAGAUCCAGACUGACACACAGGUGAUGGCUAACCACCCAGACAUCGUGUUGAUCGACAAACAGCAGAAGAAGGCAGCGGAGAUAGACGUAAUAAUCCCGAGCGACGGCAGCGUCAAGAAGAAGAAGACACGAGAAGCUCGAAACACACCGAGGGCUGCGAGAGGAGCUAGAAAAGAUGUGGAGCGACAGCGGUGCCGGUGGUGAUGGGAGCACUGGGGGCUGCGACCCCCAAACUGGGAGAGUCCAGGUACAACAUCAGCGCCGUCCUAGGAACAGCUGAGACACUGCAGAACCCUCAAACUCCCAGGCCUCUGGUAGAAGACCCGAGCUUGAGGAUGACACAUACCACCCCACGGGGUGAGAGGGGGAAAUAUAUAUAUAUGAUAUAAAUAUGUUUAUAAUAAUAAUAAAAGUAAAGUCUGUCUGACAAUCUG